AUGGAGUUAAUCACUGAAACACCACAAUUAUCAAAAACAGCUUAUUCAUGGAAAAUAGAAGGAUUUAGCUUAUACCAGAAAAAUCUUGGAGAGUACCUUGAAUCGCAGAAAUUUGAAGUACCUGAUUUGGGCACAAGCCAGUGUAGUUUUCGCAUUUAUCCUUUCGGAAUUUCUGAUACAGAAAGUAAUUAUAUUUCUAUUUUUGCCGAGUGGAAUAUUUAUCAUGAGAAUUUUAUACCUAAAUUUUCAGUGUGGGGUCUAGGCCCCAAUCAAUGGUUCAUGCGCGUUUAUCCAUUUGGAUACACAUCCCCAAAUGAAGGUUUAUCUAUGUUUCUUGAAUGGAGUGUUUUUGAUAAAGCUGACAUACCAGUUACUUGUACAUUUAGUAUUUAUGAGGAAAACGAGGAUCUUUUGGGAAAACGAGAAAUAGUGGUACGUGAUGAAAUUCAACAUUUAAAAUCUGAAUGUAUUUGUAAAUUUGUUGUUAGUUCCGACACAAUGAUCACUCUUAGACAGGGUGAUCUGUUUGUUCGUUGUAAUAUUGAAUGGAGUGCAAAAAUUCACAAUGAACUGAAUACAUUUUGUAACACAUCAUGUCAAUUAUCAAACGAUUUUAGUAAAUUAUUGGAGGAAGGUACAUUUAGUGACAUUGUUCUGGUGUCAAACGAUGGCACUGAAUUUCCAAGUCACAGAAACGUGCUUGGAUCACGGUCUUCUGUUUUUGCAGCAAUGUUGAAGCACGAUAUGAAAGAAAAUCAAGAGCGAAAAAUAAAAAUUGAGGACUUCAAUAAUUAUACUGUUAAAUCUAUGUUGCAUUACAUUUAUACUAAUGAAUUCAAAACAGGUGAAUGCGAUGUUACCAAACUAUUACUUGUUGCCGAUAAAUAUGCCAUCGAAGGUUUAAAACAAUUAAGUGAAAUAAGUCUAAGUAAUAGCAUUACGACUGAAAACGUUGUAGAUCGUUUUUUGUUUGCUGAUUUCUACAGAGCUGAAACUUUAAAAUCGAGAUCAGUUUAUUUUAUCAUAAAACACUUAAAAGAAGUAUUUGAUACAGUCAGUUUUGUAAACGUAACACUUUUAAGACCUCAAUUUUUAAAAGAAAUAAUGAAAUUCAUGAUAUACAAGACGAAUUCAACAGAAAUUUUGAAACAAAUAGAUUUCCAACUGACUUCUAACUUUGUAACUCCUAGUAUAAGUCUUAUCAAUACCACAAGAUCUAGUGACGACAUUGCAUCUAACUCUGAUGGAUGUAGCCGUAAUCGUGGUCGUAGUGGUACUCGUAGUCUCAGCCGCAGUCGCAGCCGUAGCUCUAGUAGGAGUACCAUUAAUAGUACGUAA